CGAGAAUGGAAUAGCUGGGAUACUCUUCACCACCACAACCUUUCUUAAGAAGUUGUACAUGGCCGCGUCGGCAAAGUCUUCUCCUAGGAGCAGGCCACUUAAACUCGAAGACCUCAACGACGGCUGUCUUUGUCUUGCGGUGGACGAACUACGGCGUUAUCGAGAACACUAUAGACCAAAAUCGCUUCACUCUUUCUCUGCCGUAUGCCGGCGCCUUCGCCAGAUCACAUCUCCAGUCAUCUUUGCCCGAUCCUCAACCCCCUUGGUCAUCAAUAUCCGUGACUUCAUCCCCGAGACACUAUGGAAAUUUAUCAGUGUGCUGUCGUUCACUGGAGAACGCUCAGCGGAUACUGUAGAAUUGAGUGUUGAACACCUUGAAAGGGCCAUGCCAUCCUUCGAGGUUCUCGAAUCCGUACGAUUUCAUGAAAUCUUCGGAAGCUCUAUUGCCCUCGCCAUCCCCGCCGUGCUAGCCGCUCCUCACCUACGAGCACUCCACGUCAUUGACCAAUCUUCCCCCCGACCAGAUUCCAUCGUCGAUCGUCGAGCUGAGGUGGUGCAGAGACCAGUGGAGUUUUGCGACGGAAGCUCAGAUAUCGGACGAGGCGGCUUUGAUACGCGCACUUGCCUUUCCUCUCAGACUUUCACUAAGUGUUCCCAUCGAGUCUGCUCCUAUCCACGAGCUGUCCACACUCAUCUGGCCACAACUUACUGAUCUGUCGUUCACCGCGAGCACGCCAUCCUCAGCAACGACAUCCUCCAUUGACUUUUCAUCCAUCCUCGAUAAGAUGUCUCGUCUUUUGAAUCUUAGCGUGUUGCUCCCACAAUCAUCAUCGUUCCCUCGUUCGACCAUUCUUCUCCCCAGUACUUCGCCUGCAACUCCUCCUCUUGAGUCCCUCCGAAGCCUAACACUAGCCUACCCAAACCCCGCAGACCUCAUAUUCGACCAUCUCCCACCCUCACUCCAUCACCUCUCACUAACCGACUGCCCCCGCCAUUACCUCCUUCUCGACACCUCGAAUCCGCUCUACGAAUACAGCUACGACUCGCCCAUUCUCACUUCGUCCGAGCUCGGAGGAAUCGUUCAACGCUGUCAUACUCCUGCACUUGAGAGCCUCGAGAUCGUGUAUCGGGCAGACGCGGCAGAGGUGGAGACUGGGGAUGAUAUCACGGAGGUUUUCGGGGUUGAGGACACUUAAGAUGUUUCGCUACGUAGACUCCACUGAAGAUCCUGUGGACGCCACUCUCCUCGCAUCGGCGCUUUCUCCCCUUCAAAACCUCCAUCACCUAUACAUCCACCUAAGCCCUCCCGAGACCCCGCAAUUCCGAUCCGGACAGACCGGCGAGGAACGACGAAUCGCUCGCGCCGCCUUUCGAAAAGCUCUGCAAGACACCGCGAAUAUGUUCGCAGGUGCGUUCGCGAGCUCCUACCUCGACGUGAUUUUUCUGCUGGAGCGGUUUUAUGGGAUGACGAGGUUGUCUGAGUGGAGGGUGAUACGUAGUGGAGAUGAGGAUGGAGAUGGGAGGGAACAGGUGUAUUGUGAACGUGUCGACGGUUUUGAGAUUCCGUGAGUGAUACGUUUUGAUGCUGUUACAUUUUACUGUCUAUGCGGCAUGCACCAUUACCGGGUUCGUCGACUGCUGACAUUGAUAUCGUACGCAGAGAGCAGGAGGCACCGGUGCCGAUAUGGAAUACGGGGUUUACGGGUGUUUUUCUCACUUAGGUGUAUCCAUGUAUGUCUUUUACGCUUGUCGGUUGUGUGAGCGAGCACGGUACAUGUGCUAGUGAAUCCUCGCUCCGGGCAGUGGUGCGACAUUAUCUCGCUGAUUCAGAUGUCGUACAAUACGAACAUUACC